GCGAACUGACAUGUAACACUAAAUUCAACCCCGAGGUCCAUCUCAUGCUUGAAAACCUUUAUUUUGCUCCAGGGGUGGGUCAAGGCAACCUCGAAUUCAUGACAGUGGAAAUCAAAGUCUCCAAAACAGACCCAUUUCGUUUGGGUCAAACAAUCACAGUUGGCGCGUCCAACUCGCCGCUAAGUCCUGUUUUGGCAAUGAAGAAGUACCUCUUGGUUAGAAAAACAACGGGUGGUCCACUCUUUGUUCAUGUUUCUGGAAAACCUUUUACCAAACAAACUUUAACGUCUGAGACUCGGAUUUUAUUAAACCAAGCAGGUUUUAAUGCGUCACACUAUGCUGGUCAUAGCUACCGAAUUGGGGCCGCUACAACUGCAGCUUCAGCUAAUUUGCCUGCGUGGCUCAUUAAAACUCUAGGACGAUGGUCUUCCGAUUGCUAUGAACGAUACAUUCGUAUUCCAUCUUUUACCCUGUCAAAG